AUUUUCAGAAGAUUCCACGCAAUAAGGAGCAAAAUAUGUCAAACGAAACAAUCGUAUGGACGGAUGCAAUGCGUGAGGUACUGAUCAAAUCGGUACAACGUCAGGAAUGCAUAUGGAAUUUUUCUAAUGUUGAUUACCGGAAUGCUGCCAAAAAACGACAAAUUUUUUGGGAAAUUGCUCAAGAAAUGUCAGAAAUGUUCGGUAUCAUACUUAAGGGUACUCAUACAAGUCGUCAGUGGCAGCAUUUACGAGAUCAGUACAGACGAGCUAAGCGCCGAAUGGAAGUAUCAAAUGUCCAAAUAAAACCAUGGCGUUUCAUGCAAAUGUUGAAAUUUACGGAUGCUACUGAUAUUGCUGAAGCAAAUGAUCCAAUGAGCUACUUGUAUAAUUCGUUCCUGUUGGAUGAUCGAAACGUCCAGCAACAGCGACCAUAUUCAACACCAAGUGCCUUGAUGUCACAAGAACGUAAGGAAGGCGACCAGCAGUCAUCGUAUCCUAUUUAUCCGUCCAAAACAGAUGGUGGAUUGUAUCCCGUAACAAGUACCGUGACCGUAACAUGUAGUCCGAGUACAGCCGGAAAUCCAUACAAUUCAGUCGAUCAGACUAACGAAGCCCUGGCUAACAUUGAGCGGUUAGCAAACAUAGAACGGACUAUUGAAGCGGUCUCAAAAGCGGAACAGUUUAGCGAUAGUUCAUUUCAUCAAAACGGCGACGAAUCAUCAAAUCAUGAUGUAAAACCGGAUGCUACUUGCCCACCAGUUGUUGGUUCGAAAAGGCGUUCUAGUGCAUUGCAAAUGGCACAUGGUAUUGACCGGAAAACUGGGCGGGAAAUAAUCGACGAAUUCACUCUUUUGGGUCAGUUUGUGGAAAAAAAAGUACGAGCAAUUUCGAUCCGAAAUCCACGACUUGGCUUAAUAGUACAGAAGAAGAUCAGUGACUGUGUAUUUGAAGCAUCAAUGGAAUUGCUGGAAAUCGAUCAUCCGGAAGUAGCACAGAACAAUCACGUUAACUACAAUGUUAAUUAAUGAGAAAAAAGGAGAAAUUGAUAAUCUGUAUUUUCAUUGCAUCUACUCUAUUUCACUUCUACUGGGUGCGAUUCCCAUCAGUAAUCAACAGUCCAAACUUCACUGUUCCAUUUACAGCGUACAAUCUUUCGACCAUAUUCCUUGAUCAUUUUUUCGGCUAUUUGUACAUACUCCUUUUCACACUGUUGUCGAUCUAUUCCUGAACAUUUUGAUUUUCAUUUUGAUUUUGAUAACUAAAUGUUUCCCCUUGUUCAGUUCACAGUUCAUCUUCUCUGCAUCACAGUAUAAUUUUCAACUAAUUCUUUUAUCUCAUGUAAUGGCUUUAAUAAGUCAUUCAUGUGGCCUAAAAAAUAAUAAGUGGACGAAGAAUGAGAGAUCUGUGUCCGUCUGAAGAGCCUCUUUAGCUUUUUUGUGAUGCUCUACCAAAUCGAUAUUUGACCAAUUCCAUGUAGAGAAUUUUUGAAGCACUCAUUUUUUGCCGCUCUCAGUUCUGCUCUGGAGUUAUUUCUCAGUCCCUUUAUCAGUUAACGCUGUGCAGAUAUCUUUGGAAAAUAAAUUUGACAAAC